GUCUGCCGAAGGACGUAUAGGAGUCAGUGUCACCUAGAGGGUAAAGACUUCUCAUGGUGAGACGGGAACCGCUGUCUGGAUUGGAACAGGAGAACGUCGUCGGGGACCUCUGGCAUGGUAUUUAACCCUACUGACUUGUGUGACCUGCGUCGGCCUGUGAGCGCGUUCCUCACCUCCACCAUGGAGUGGAGAUAGUAAGACGACGUUCGGCAUCUUUGAAGAACAUCUUGGCUCACCGAGACGGUGGGGGUGGAUACCAUGGAGGCCUUUGGGCCGGUCAUGCUGUACUUGCUCCAAGUCCAGGAGAACGAAAAGAACGACAAACCUCAGCCAAAGCCGAAGAAGAACCUUAGGCCUCUACCUGUGGAGAAACCUCGGCCUAAGCCAAAGCGGCCCUCGGCGCCGAAACCUCAGAUGCUGGGGAUCCGGCGGCCGCGGAUAUUCAGGGAGCGCACGGGGAUGGAAGGCCUGACCGACGAGGAAGUCCUGCAAAGGUUCAGACUCACCAAAAGCACCAUUAUAGACUUGUACGAGUUGAUCAGGUCGGACAUUGACCCGCUGACGCAGAGGAGCCACGCCAUCCCCGGGAUUGUCAAACUCUUGAACUGUCUUCACUUCUUCUCUUCCGGGUCCUUUCAAACCAAAGCAUCGGCCAUCGGUGGCGUCUCGCAGUCCACCUUCUCGCGGUUCCUGGUGCCGGUUAUCCAGGCCUUGAAGAAACACGUGCACACCUUCAUCAGCUUUCCCAAAGACAAGGCCGGCUGGCAGAAACUGAAGAGCGACUUCUACGAAGUGGCCGGCGUCCCGCACGUUAUGGGGGCCCUGGAUUGUAUGCACAUCGCCGUCUCGGCGCCGCACGAGCGGGAGGAGAUCUACAGGAACGCCGAGGGCUACCAUUCGGUCAACGUGCAGAUGAUUGUCGACAGCAACUGCAAAAUUCUCAGCCUGUUCUCCGCCUUUCCUGGAAGCUCCCAGAAUUCCUCCAUCCUGAGACAGUCCUCCGUGUACGAGGGGUUUGAGAACGGCAGGCUGAGCGGGGGAUGGCUGUUGGGCGGUCCCGUGUACGCAUGCCGUCCGUGGUUGUUGACACCGGUUCCAGAGCCCAGCACGCCAGCAGAGACGGCCUACAACGAGGCCCACGACAGGACCCGUGCCAUCAUAGACGAGACCUUCAAAAUACUGAAAACCCGGUUCAAGUGUUUGGACAAGUCCGGGGGCGGUCUGCAGUACGACCCCACCAAAGUGUCCGACAUCAUCGUGGCCUGCUGCAUCUUACACAACAUCUCCAUCCUUCACAACAUUCCGCUCAAGAGCGAGGAGCCCCCCUACCUCAAGGGGAAGCCAAUGCCAGAGCUUCAGCCACCCCCCAGAGGAAACGCUCAGGAUGUCCGCGCCAGGGUGAUCGAACAAUACUUCUCUUGUGUCGGUUUCCGGAUGGAGUGCUGCACCACCUCGUUAUCUUCUUUUAUUUUAUGGACCGUCCAUGAAACGUUUGAUAAAGGACUGGAACGGUCUCCGUCCCUUUACUUGUUCUACUUUGAUUAUUUCUGCGGUCCUGAGAUAUCACUACAGUCCUGGCAGUGGAAUGACCCAGGAACAUUCCUACGUUACUAUGAAUGGGCUAGUCCAGGAACACCCCUGCAGUUCUGGAAAUGGAUUGGCCCCGUCCUCGGAGUGAUGUAUAUGGACAGUCCUGUAAACCAUGGCGAUCUGGAACCAGAGGGAAAAAUUGGGGACUCUUAA